AUGAACAGGAUUAACGCAGUUGUUACUCAGUCCUGUAAUGAAUUGAAUUUGGCCUGCCCUGGGUUUAAGAAAGCAUCGUUCUCAUCGGAAGAAACUUCGGAAACCGGGCUAGCGCGUGCUCGACCAAGAUUUUCGUCCUCCUGGUCAUCCAUUAACAAUAUUCCGGGCCCUGCUAGCUGGCAACAAGGCGUAAACAAUAUCGCUCAUAAUCAUCCGAAUGCCUCUCAAAACCGACCAUACGGUCGCCCAAGUCACACGCCAACAAACAGUCGUCCUCACUCGUCUAAUAACUGGAGUACAAAUCAAAGGCCUCCUCAAAGCGCAUGGAUUAAGAUUCCAAAAUUCAGUGGCAAAUUUUCCGGAAGAAAUAUGGACGAGAAUUCGGGUCCUUUCGUGAACUUGUACAAACAUCGAAAAGAUGGAAGCUACAAUAUUCGCCGUCACUUUGAAGGAUAA